AAGCCACGUGUAAUGCUUAUUGCACAUCAAAAUGUGUAUGACAUUUUAGUAACGUGGAUUAUCACAGAUGGACAAUAUGGCAGCGUCUCGGAAGUGAUGUCUUUGGGUAUGUGUGGCUAUGCUGAGGCCUAUCGACUGAAACGUCUGCAAGUAAUUGGGAUCGUUCCAUGGCGACGGCUGCCCUUUCAAUCGCAUCUUCGUUCUUUGAACUAUAUGGGAACGACUCAAGUUGAAUUCCCUCAGAAGGCUCCCAAGACCGAGCUACACACCCCACUGGCGCCGUACCACACUCGCUACCUAUUCGUUGACUCGGGUCCCAAAAAUGACAUUCACUGCAUUCAGGAAUUUCGUACUCGAGUUGAAGCUUGGCUCUCGAAAGUGACGUUUCGUCCUAGUAGAUGUGAUCUGGUUUGUGAGUAUACUUGCCUCAUUAUUUUCAUUGUGGAGGUGGAACGCAAAAUGGAUCACACUUCCGUCUGUGGAAUUCUGGUAACUGGGAGACCUGAGGAUGCUUUGGGAGUUUGCGAGGCUCUGAAGUGCAAUAUUCCUUUUGUGGUGGUGGCUGAUAGUGGUGGACUUGCAACCAUAAUCGACCAGUACCUCUCGGAGGUGAAAAUCAUGCGUGAAUUUACUCAUUACACAGGAGAUACGUUUGGACCUUUGGAAGCAGAUCAUGAAAGGUUGUUGGAAAUUAUGCUGCGAUACUGGCCGGAAACGUCCCCUAGUGAGGAAUUGGUCGCUUUGGUGGACACUAUCAUGAGCUAUUCACACUUGAUGCAGUUCUUCUUCGCGGAAUCUGAUUCCGAUGCAUCACUUGAAGGAAAGAUUGUUUCCGCGCUUAUAAAUCCCGCUCUAUUUCAAGAUACCAGCAAGAAGCAAUCGUGGAAACCACGGCUAAAAUUGGCGAUGGAACUCAAUACGACUGAACUUGUUCUAGAAGGGAUUUUGGCCGACAGUCCAUGGACGCUCGAGGAGAUCAGUCCGUUCGCCAAGUGCUGUCUCAUUUCAAACAAACCGCAAUUUCUGCGCCUCUUUUGUGAUGCAGGUCUUCGCAUGUAUGAGUUUGCGGACCGAAAGACCGUUGAGGAGCUCUUCACUAUAGAGACCCACAGAAAUACCGUUGGAGGAAGAGAACUGAAACAGUUUUUUCUCUACCAUAUACGCAAGGUAGUCGAAGUAGUCGUAAAACCAUCCUAUCUUCAUGAAAACGAAAGUUAUGUGCAAUACCUCUACCUAUGGGCUCUUGCGUCGAAACGCUACGAGAUAGCGCGUUACUUGCUAAUGAUGCUCACUGAUAUAACUGCAGCGGCACUGUUCGGUGCAUCAUUCCUGCGUCGAAAAGCACGAAUUGCACGAUCACUAACUGACAAUGAGGAGUUGAAGAAUUAUUCACUUGUCUUCGAGAACAUCGCCCUCUCUAUUUUAAACCAAUGUUACAGCACCAACGUUGAGAGUACAAUGCAACUCCUCAUAAUGGAGCGCCAAACUUUUGAACAGCUUUCGUGUUUCGUAAUAGCUGCUGAGGGCAACUGCAAACUCUUUAUGGAGCAUCAGGCCUGCCAAGAGUACCUCGAUCGAGUAUGGGCGCAUACUCUGCUUGUGAGAGCCAGUUCGACCAAGUCACGUCUCAGUCAACUGCUCGCUUGCAUUACAAAUUAG